GCGAGCCUUCGUCUCCCUCCUCCUCCUCCUUCCUGGCUGCCGUCCGUCCGCCCGCCCGCCUCCGCGCACCACGCGGCCUCUCGUCCUCCUCUCGUCGGGCCGCCAAUUUUGCAGCUCCGCCUCCAAACCCUAGCGCCGCGCUCAGCCCCGCCGCGGCCCGCGCUUCUCCUCCAUGCGCCCCCGCCUCGCCGCCGCCGCCGAUUAUGGCCGCUUCUAGGGUUUCCUGGGCCCGGCCAUGGUGAUCUCGCCCGCGCCAUCGGAUCCCUCUCCUGCGUCGCCUUGUACGGUUCGCCGGAGCCUGGAUCCUGCCUUCAUUGACGCGCCCGCUGCGGGGGAACAGCAUGAUGGCGAGGUUAAUGCAAAUAGGGAAGAGCAGAAAAAUAGUUCAUGAUGUGUUGGUUAACUCGAAGCCCAAUAGUUUAUGUUCACAGAACAUUGGAUCGAAAUUUGCGUUUGGUUUGGCAUAUACAGGCAGGGCCUGUUUGCACGGGAAAGUUCCGAAUGGACCGAGCACGUCAUCCAUGCUCGGAAGAACAAAGGAGAGCUUAUACUGGAGCCCUGCUGGAAGAAACUUUUCAGUUCUCUCAACAUGUAGCCAGAAUGCAUUUCAUGGUCAACUUGCUUGGAAGCAACUCUUGACAAUGGGUUCUCAUGUACCAAAAGCAUCUCCAUUUUUAAGUAGGGUUGCUUGUGCCAUUAGCUUGGCUGCCACUAGAUCCAAUUUACCUUCUUACCUCUUUGCUUUCAUAGCUGGAGAGAUGAUGCUAGCUCAGAAGACCAGUGCGGACGGAGAGUACGUACCAAUACGUGAUAGUCUUUACACACGUGCUCAGGAUGGUCGUAUCUAUGUCACCUCAUUGAUAUUUUCAGCAGUAGAGCUGGUUAUCAUAAUCUUCAGAUCAAUAUAUUUGGCAUUGUUGUUCACUCCAAGUAUACUCAUGGCCCCAUUUGCAAAUACUCUUGGCAGUAAGUAUAGGAAAACAUGGCUCCGUCUUGUGCAUCGUACCUUGGAGAAAGCAGGUCCUGCAUUUAUUAAAUGGGGCCAAUGGGCUGCUACACGCCCUGAUUUAUUUGAAAGUGACCUCUGUGCUGAAUUAGCAAAGCUACAUACAAAAGCACCUGCUCACAGCUUCUCUUAUACCAAGAAGACUGUUGAGAAAGCUUUUGGUCGAAAGCUAUCAGAUAUUUUUGAGAAUUUUGAAGAAGAGCCUGUAGCUUCUGGAAGUGUUGCCCAGGUGCAUCGAGCUGGUUUGAGAUUCAGGUAUCCUGGUCAGCACAUAAAGCGUGUAACAGUUGCUGUAAAAGUAAGACACCCUGGUGUAGGAGAAUCAAUACGGAGGGAUUUCACUAUCAUUAAUGCAGUAGCUAAAAUUUCUAGAUAUAUUCCUACACUGAAUUGGCUGCGGCUGGAUGAGAGUGUGCAACAGUUUGCUGUCUUUAUGAUGUCUCAAGUUGACCUUGCAAGGGAAGCUGCUCAUUUAAGCCGGUUUAUCUACAAUUUCCGAAGGUGGAAGGACGUGUCUUUUCCGAAGCCUCUCUACCCACUUGUUCAUCCCGCUGUCUUGGUUGAGACUUAUGAGCAUGGGGAGAGUGUUGCACACUAUGUUGAUGACCUUGAUGGACAUGAUCGAAUUAAAAGUGCCCUUGCUCAUAUAGGCACUCAUGCACUCCUGAAAAUGCUUCUGGUUGAUAACUUUGUCCAUGCGGAUAUGCACCCUGGAAAUAUUUUGGUCCGUGUUAUACAACCAAGGAAUUCAAACAACACCCUUUUGAAGUCUAGGCCGCAUGUAGUAUUCCUUGAUGUGGGAAUGACUGCCGAACUUUCAAGCAAUGAUCGUGUGAAUUUACUGGAGUUUUUCAAGGCUGUUGCACGCCGAGAUGGUCGUACAGCUGCAGAACGUACGCUGAAGUUAUCAAAACAACAAAACUGCCCAAAUCCAAAAGCCUUCAUUGAGGAAGUUGAGCGGGCUUUUUCCUUUUGGGGAACCGCUGAAGGUGAUGCUGUCCACCCAGCUGAGUGUAUGCACCAGUUGCUUGAGCAAGUACGCCGCCACAAAGUAAACAUUGAUGGGAACGUUUGUACUGUUAUGGUGACUACUUUAGUUCUUGAGGGCUGGCAGCGAAAAUUGGAUCCAGAUUACAAUGUUAUGAAAACAUUACAAACUUUACUUUUUAAGGAAGACUGGGCCAAGUCUCUUCAGUACACAAUCGAAGGGCUUAUGGCACCUUAGGGAUGCAUUGGAAUCCACUAAAAAAUUUUGACCCGUUCUUGCGCAGUUAUGGGAGAUUGGAGGAUGCUACUUCCCACCAGUACAUUUAGUUUCUUUUUUCAUGUUUGUUUACUUUUAAGUCCCACAGUUUUGUACCGCCCAUCUUGGCCAGCGCUGCUUAAAUGGCCUUGCAAAAGUAAUAAGUGCAGCAUUUUUUCAAGCUACCAGAGAAGUGUUCUCUGGACCCACAACCUUGGGACUAUCUGCUUAUAUGCGCUUUGCAGGCCAAAGGAUGCGUUCUCCAUGAAAUUUCUGUUAAUAGCUUUUAGAAGAUGUAGCAACAGGCCUUUGUUCUGAUCUUUUUGUAACUCGAGAGGUGUCGGUGAACAGAAGCUGUUUUUAUUGUAUACAAGAGAUACAGCUAACUGUUUGAAAGAAACCUACGUCAUGCCUGACAUAAUUCCUGAUGCCC